ACAUGUUCCAAGGUUUCACUUCCUUCAUCAAAGCUUUAAGAAGAGCAUGAAAAGAGUUGCUGUGUUUUUGUUGCAAAGAUGUUUGUCACAGCUGCGCUGAGCGCAAUUUUCUUCUUCUUCUUCUGCACGCGUGCACAGGAAGUGCCAGCAGUUCAAGUUGUGUUCACUGAUAAAGCACUUCAAUACGCAAAGACUGUGUUCACAAACUGGAUCCAGGACACCUUGGAACUGAUCACACUUCCUGAUGUCAAAGGUCAAAUUCCUUUGGGCUUUUUCGGCCAAAUGGACUACACACUGAGUGGAGUCAACAUCUCCAAGUGUGACUUUCCUGAUCCGUCAGUCCAGUUCUCCCAGGAGGUCUCAGGACUGCAGGCCACCAUGGCAGGUCUCAACGUGGCCCUGACAGGAGACUGGAGAGUCCACUGGGGGAUCUUGAAUGCAAGAGGCUCCUUUGACGUGGCCGUGUUCCAAGUGGGCGUGGCCUCAGAGCAGUACCUGGGAAGAGACUCAGGUGGACGUUUGUGUGUAAACCAGGUGACAUGUGAGGCCACAACUGGACAGGUGGACUUGCGUCUGCACGGCGGCUCCAGCUGGAUCAUGCAGCCUUUUGGCAGCCAUCUUGAGGCCUUCAUCAGACGCCAGAUAAUGAACGGACUUUGUCCCACCAUGGAGGAUCUGGUGGAGAACUUGGAACAGCACCUGCAGGCCAUGAAAGUCCGCCUGCAGGUCAACCAGGACCUGAUCGUGGACCUGCCUCUCACCAGCAAGCCUGUGGUCCAGGCGGCAAGUCUGAGCCUCGGACUUAAGGGGGAGGUGUCUAGUGUGAAAGAGCCAAAGGAUCCGCCCUUUGACCCGCAGCCCUUUGUCUUACCUGAGCACGCCCACUUCAUGCUGACCGCCGCCCUCUCCGACUUCACGCUUAACUCCGCCUCCUUCAGCUGCUGGGCCGCAGGACUCCUGCACACCUUCAUCGACGACAGCAUGGUACCUGCCAGCUCACCUGUGCACCUCAACACCCGCUCACUGGGCGCCUUCAUUCCUCAGCUCCCAGGGCUGUUCCCCGACCUGCCCGUGGUUCUGAAGGUGUACGCUAGGAACACGCCCAUCUUCUCCUUCCACCCUGGUGCCGUCACACUGAUCUUGCCAGGCGCCAUCAGAGCCUUCGCCCUGCAGGCCAACGCCACACUCACGCCGCUCUUCAAACUGCACCUGGACUCCAGCUACAAGGGCAGCGUGUGGGCAGAUAAUGAGCGGCUGAAGUCCUCGGUGACGAUGGACAAUCUGAAUCUGACGCUAACAGCGACAACCAUCGGACCCUUUAAGACCGACACUUUGGAGAAUUUGUCCAGGAUUACCAUGAAGAUGUUGGUCCUGCCUCCACUUAAUGACAGACUGUCCAAGGGUGUAGCUCUCCCACAGAGCAGACAGGUACAUCUGGUACAAGCAGUAGUGAGUGUAGAAGAGGGCUUCAUGGAUCUGCACUCAAAUGUUGAGCUGCAACUGAACCACAACCAUCUUGGUCAAGUGGAGCACUGAUUGUCAUGAGGGCACCAUAGGAAGGUGUGACGACCACCACAAUGUAUACACACGGGUGGGAGUGCACCACCUAGUGAGGAAAUAGCAACUAUGCCUUUUAGAGAUGAAUUUUAACCCUACGGCCCAAAAGGGUCCCUCUCAGUAACGUGUAAUAAAAAAAAAUAAUUUUUCCUCCCAAUUAUCAUUCUAAUGUUGCUGAGCUCAAUUCAACACGGUUUUGUAAAAAUAAAAAUUAAUGUUUGUCACCUUGA